CUCGAGAUAACAAGCAGCGCCCUGUCUUCAUUGCAUUCCUCAAACAACCAUGAAUACUAUUGCUGAAUAUGUGUCGGCUUGUCUUCAAGAGUUCAAUAGUCUCUGCAGUUCCCCGACAAUAUGGACAGACAGUAUUCCAGAUAAGGGUACCCAGAGUGAUAUAUCGCUAGUGAAGCUACAGAACGAGCUGAGCAGAUUCAAAAUCUGGAGUGGAAACAUUGGCGCUCACAGAAAAGGAAGAAGCUCGCUCGAUCAUAGGCUUCGAGAUGCGUCAAAUAUCCGGGAUCAGGUGGUUGAGCUCUUGGAGGACUUGAGAGAGUCUCUGCAAGAUGCUAAGGAUAUCCUCACUGGACAAACAACGCCAUGGGAUCAGGACCUGUCCCCAGCUGAUUUUUCAGACUCCGACUCCGACCAAGAACCUUUUCAAGAUGGCGCCUCCGGAAAUUCUGAGCUCUCGCAGAUAUUUGCUGCGAUAGUUGAAGACAUCAACUGUCUGUUCAGGCUUUCAGUCUCCAUUCACAAUCCUUCUCCCCACGACCGCUUCAAGAAAGCCUGCUUAACCGAUACAUCUGGCUACGAGCCAUUUGACGUACAGCAUGUAUGCAACAAGCUCUCCAAAGCCCCGAAGUCCAUAGCAGAGAGACUUGGAAAGGCAAUUUCUCGACGGAGGCAGUACUUCAAAUACAGAGAACUGCACCAUGACAAGUUGGCGAGUGGGCUCGAACUCGAUGACAAGGACCAAAUGCAGAGUACCGUAGCCUCUUCGUUGCCAAAGAAGCUUAAUGUGAAUGAACCUAUCUCUUUGGAGGAGAACGUGGACGAUGCCUCGGAUGCUGGGAGAUCACAGACGUCCUGGGCAACAUCUGCUGCGAAUCCAGAGAGACGAAAGAUACCUGCCCUUCCAGCAGGAGCCGAGAAUGGGCCUUUCGAGUGCCCAUUUUGUUUUAUGAUGGUAUCUAUUGCUUCGAGGAAUCAUUGGAGGAAACACGUAUUCUCAGAUUUGUUUCCUUACAUUUGCGUUGAGCUGGGUUGUCCGGCUCCAGACCAAGACUUUCAAAGACGUCACCAAUGGGCUGAUCACGUCAAGAAAUACCAUUGGAAGACAUGGGCCUGCAAGCUUGGAUGCGACAAGACCUUUGACUCUUCGCAAGACAUGAAACGUCAUUUAGAGCAUAAGCAUUCAGAAACCGCGGAAUUGACUCAUCUCGACAGUCUUGUCGCUAUGUGUGAGAGGCCUAAGCCAGAAAACGAGCCAACAGACUGUCCUCUAUGCAAUGAAAGACAAUCUACUUUCAAACAAUACCAUCGACACGUUGGUCGCCACCAGGAAGAUCUUGCUCUAUUCGCAUUGCCCCAUCUUCCAGGUGAAGAAGAUGAAAAGAAAGUCGAGCCUGAUUCCGAGUCCGAGGGACAAGAAGCCAUGCAUUCUGAAGUACAAGAUGAGUUGGAGAAGGCCAGCUCUUAUGUCACCCGUCUUUCUAAUGAGAGUGGAGACGAGGCUACAGAUGCAGCUGAACGUAGUCCUCGAUAUUCUUCAGUGUAUCAUUCCCCUAGGGCCUAUGUUAUAGACAGCAAUGAUACAAACAGAAUCAUCAAUGGCGUGAUAUUCCGACCGUCUCGUCCAUGGAAGUGUCCGGUUCUGUCCUGUCAGUAUCAUGAUUACGGAUUGUCUACCGAGGAGGAGAGAGACCACCACUACAGCGAUAAGCAUUCUGAAACCCCUGUUGAGAAUACCUCAGAAAGCUUCAACCCCGCUCAUUUUGACAUUCUGCACCUCCAUCACAAGAAGUUCAAAUACACAGUUGAAUUUCCCCAACACGAUAUCAGAGAUGGCAGGCUGCAAGUGUCUGAGAUUAGAGCUCUGGCAGCGAGUCUAACAUUUGUUCCUGAUAGCUUCAGACAUGUGGUCGAGCUUUCUUGCAAAGACACUAAAUUGUUAAUCGAUGGUACGCCUAUUCGAAACUAUGGUAUAUCAAGUGGUGAUUCAAUAAAAGUUACAUCACCGCAAUUCAGAAAGUCUGAUCAAUUCGGCGGUUCCCCUAGUAAGGACCCUGUGCUGGAUAAUGGGCACGGCACUGAGGGGAACAGGGAACUCGAAGGGAAAGCAGAACGAGACAAUCGCCGAGCAGAGUUCUCCCGAGAGUUAAGACAAAGAGUUGUGAUAGAUUCCAGCAGCGAUCAGGUGCCAGUUCCCAAAACCGCAUCAGAUCUCGAGUUAGGAGGUACCUUUCAGGCCUCUGCACCUAACCAACCACCUGGAGAGGCUGACAGCAAGGUUGCAAUAGCCCCCAGACCUGGAGUUAGAUGUCCUACCUGUGCCUUGGGAGGCAAAGAGAUAUGGGUUAUUCCCGGGCGCUGUUGUGGAUAUUGCGGAACACCAUGUGUGGACGAGGAUACUCUAGACGUUCAUGAUUCGUUCAGAGCGACAAACGUCAAUGAUAACAACGAGGAACGGCUGCGUUCGACUCCUGAAGGACCCGAGAAGAAAGAAGUAUCGUGCCCAAGCUUUUUGGUCAAUGGUUACUGCAUGGAUGGAGCUGAAUGCCCCUUCAUUCAUGAUCCGGCCAUGAUAUCCACUUCCAAUCCGUCUAGCAAGCAAACUAAUAUCGUGGAGCCUUCGCCGGAUCCUCACCUAACGAUGAACAGAAAGGAACUUAAGGUUUGGAAGGCUUUAUGUGCGCUAGAGGACGAAUUGGAAGUAGGAUGGCUUCCAAUAUGCAAAGAGGCCAUUAACUCAGACGAUGGUUCAACAAAAAAGCAAGACGAGCGGCUCGGACUUAUCAAUGGGAUUCAUUCUAACAUCAUAAGGAAGUUGAGGGGUAUCGAGGAGCUCAGCGAGCCUGAUAUCAAGGCAAAGAGAAGUCAUAUCGUGGAAAAGGUCGACAAGCUUUUAGCGAGACUAGGUGUUGAGUCAACAAAGAAUUGA